AUGUUGGCAGAGGACAGAGGGUCGCCAGUUUCUUCCGUUUGUCAUGCUGACAGCGACAAUGGGGAGGAGGAAUCGGGCACGCGCAUGGCCCUGCUGAAUGCAGACCAGAGUCGGCGGCACAGGACAGCGUUCACGCGGGAGCAGCUCGCGCGCCUCGAGCAGGAGUACUGCAAAGAGAGUUACGUGUCACGAGCCAGACGGUGCGAACUGGGGGCGGUCCUUAACCUGCCAGAAACUACCAUAAAGGUCUGGUUCCAAAACAGAAGGAUGAAGGAUAAGCGACAGCGCCAUAGUCUGAGCUGGCCUUACUCAAUGGACCAAAAUAUGUGCACCUUAAUGGUGAGCCAGGCAGUGACAGGGCUGCCAUACCCACUGUUGCCCCACAUUCCCCUGCAGCUAUACUCUCAUCUGGGUGUGGCGGGCAUGCCUUCUGUGUCUAGUCCCUACAGUGCUGGCUGCGUGAGGCCGCUGAACACUGUAUUACUUCCACACUCACCCUACACCAGGAUGGGUGGGUUUCAUUCUCCACUUCUCUACCCUCCAGUGCCCUCAAUGCAACAUCCUAAAGCCUGUCCCUGCCCCUACUGCCUUCACUGGUUUCCACCAGACCAAGUACGCAAAAGUAGAGAUAGCUCUGCUCUUGGGUUGAGUCUAGCCAAUACCUCAGAUCCUUCAGUGACACUAUUAGAUUGCAGAGAAGAAAUGCAUUUGCCCCAGUAA